UGACUUCCGGUAGAGAAAUGUGAAAACAAAGCGAGAGGCCGAGACUUGCUAUUUAACACUUGAAAACAAAUCAGAAGAGCGACUUCAGCUUGAUAUGCACGACUGAGUGACAGAUCAGGAGAGCAGACCCAUCCAGCAGAAAUAGACAAGAGGGCAGCCAUCACAACCACAAGACCAAAUUCAUAGAUACAAUCUCAAAACUUUUGGUACCUUCAUUCUAUCUGUGACCUGAGCCAUCAUCACCAACCGAUCUAUUCAUGAUGCUAAUCACAAGACAAGCACCUGCCUAACCUCAGUGAACAGUUCGGAGCAUGAGCGUAUUCCAUCCAGACACAUCUCUAUGUUAGUAUGAUCGACGCCAGUAAGGCAGCGGCAUACCACCAGGCUGCCAUCGCCACCUACCAGGUGUCCCUUUACGGCUUGUACACAAAUGCAGGUGUCUGUGAUCCCAUCAUCAACGGCACCGUAGUUGACAGCGUCACUGCAAGAGGAAAUCCUAAUUUGAUAACUCAAAUAACAAGCAGCCAAGUUGAUGUCACAGAAGCGAGGAAAGACUUGAAGGAAAAACAGGAAAGGUUCACCUGUGAUGAGUGUGGAAAGUCAGUGAAAAGUCGAAAUUAUCUCAAGUUGCACAAGAGAACACAUACAGGAGAGAAGCCGUUCGCGUGUAAGCAGUGUAGUCUUAGCUUCAGUGUACGGGGAAACCUGUACAAGCAUAUGCGAACACAUUCUGGGGUGAAGAAUUACGGCUGUAGCUACUGCGGGCAGAUGUUUCGGGACAGUACAUCUCGGAAUCGGCAUGAGAGGCUCCACACUGGGGAGAUGCCGUAUCGGUGCGAGGACUGUGACCAAAACUUUCGAUACCGAGAAAUGUACAAGGCUCACAUGAUGAAGACCCAUGGCCUUGAUGAAGAGGAGGUUGUGUCUCUGCCUCCAGGGAAGAAGAUGAAGAUGGACCAGAGCAGUUCGAACUCACAAGGUGCAUCCGGCACUCAAAAAGGUAGCACGGAUGUGCACCAUAUGAGUCCCAAGACAGUCUCUUCCAAGGGUGAUGACAAGAUCCAGAACCUGUCCUCUGCUGUUCAAAUAAUUGGAAACGUAAUUUUGAAAAAGGAAGUUGGUUUAGACAGCACGGGUCAGAAGGAUAAGCUGGCUAACCUUUCCAGUUUCGCUUACAAUACGACUGCUGGUCCAAGUGCACAGUGUAUUGGGUCUGAGGAACAAGCUGAAAUGUCGAGUUUGACCGAGGAGGAUGGUGACAUGGCGUUUGAGGACACAUCCCCCUACAAACUGAUGCCUCUAGAACUCCAGAACACAGAUGCGGUCAGCAUCACCAGACCAGAGGGACCUGUCUUGCUGCAGCAGGUGAAAAACAGAAUAGAACAGCUUCAAUGCAGCAAGUGUCCGAAAUCUUUUGACAAUAAAUCCCAACUGACGCGUCAUCAGAAAAUGCACAAGUUACUGAGUGUUGUAAAGACAGCUUCUCAUGCUAGUGGAUCAGGCAGUAAGGUCAUGGCCAAGAAACCUGUUCUUAGUCAAGGGGCUGGAACGGCCAGGAAAACCAUGAGAAAACAAUCGCCGUUUGUUAAAGUGAGUACCCCAGAUUUGCCCGACUCUGAAGAAUUCAGUGAAGAGAAUACCCUUAAAUCAUCUCUUGAGCUGUCAUCCCUGAAUCCCUCAAGUAAUAGUUCUUCAUCACAGUCUGGUGAUCACAGUAUCCAGAUUGAUGCCUCUCUUCCUGAGACCUUUCUCCAGGAGUCUGUGAUGACAGGAGUGGACGACUCUUGUUCUGAUCCUGCUGGAAGCAGAGCACACUCUCCUUCUGGGGAAUCACAGGAGAUGCUGGAGAUGGGUGAUGAUACAACCAGGAUAACCAAGGUCGAGGAUCAGAGUGGGAGUUCGACAGAUGUGUCUUCCAUGAAAGAGGAUCCGGUAGCUAGAGAACAAAGUGCACAGUCCACAGAGAAUCCUGAUGCCUCGGUAACCAAGGACACACCCCAGUCGUCCAAUACAAGAGACCCUCCUGGAGGAAUUAUUCUUGAUGGUUGUGAAUGUAAAAUUUGUGGAAGGGUUUUGUCACGAGAGUCCUAUCUGAUAAUACAUAUGCGAUCCCAUUCUGGGGAGAAGCCUUUUGUUUGUCAGUUCUGUGGAAGGGGAUUCACUGUUUCUCAAAACUUGUACAAACAUGUUCGGACACACACUGGGGAGAAGAAUCAUGCAUGUCCGACAUGUGGUCGCAGGUUCACCACCAGCAGUUCCCGGAAUCGACACAUGCUGCGUCAUAGUGGCGACAAGCCUUACCCUUGCACUCUCUGUGACGAGGGUUUCUCUUACUUGGAGCAGCUGAAGUCACACUGUCAGAAAAACCAUGCUUAUUUUGAUACAUCCUUGCUGAAAAAGGUGGAAAUUGAUACUUAUGAAUUAUCGAAAGGGAAAAAGAAAAAGAAAUCGAAAAAGAAGUCAAAGAAACUUAUUGUAGCACCAGGUGGAGUGGGCAGUCUAGUGGAUGGCAAGCUUAUAUUUCCCUAUGAUAACCCCUCACAAGCUGGUAAUCAAGGUGUGAUAACAACUAACCAGGCAGCAGAACACAUGCCGACAGACAGCAGUGGUAUGCUGGACCCAAGCCUAGAAAUAUCCAGGCAACUCAGCAACAUUCAGGAAGAGGAUCAUGCUCAGCUCGGAGACAGCACUGACCCCCACUUUGCUUCAUCGGAUCCGGGACAGACAGACGAUGGAUGUUCUUCGGGAGUGCGGUUUAUGUGCUCCUUUUGUGGAAGCGAGUUCCAGAGUGAGCACUAUCUCCAGCAUCACAUGACUAUACACAAAAAUGAACGUUGCUAUGAAUGUCCAUUCUGUCACCAGGGUUUCGCUAUGCAGGCUCACCUGCAGGCUCACCUCCGGAACCACGCUGACGCCAAGAAGUACAGCUGUGGCAUUUGUGGUAAGGGCUUCAGUGUCAGGUCCAAGCUGGAGCGACACAUGCUGGUGCACACUGGGGACAAGCCCAAUCAGUGCCAGCUGUGCCAGGAGAGCUUCAAGUAUAAGCAUAUCUUGAAACUUCAUUAUAGGAAGAUGCAUCCAAGUUUUGCAUCUUCAGAACUUGCAAAGAAGAGAGGGAGGCCAACUAAAAUGGACAGUUCAGAGGGCAAUGAUGUAAAUGCAGAAUCAGAUGGUGUGUUUCGUUCCACUGAUCUAGAAGAUGGGGAGGUUGUGCUUGGGAUGGCUGUUGACAGUGGAAGAUCAGUGUCCAGAUCUGCUGUGAAUAAUCCCAAUGAUAUAUCAGUGCUGAAAUCCAAUGGAUUACAAGGGAGAAAAACUAUACUGAGACUUCUAACAGGUGGUGAUGUAAGUCAAGGCUUGAGUAGAAGCAGCAAGAAUGAAACAUCGAUGAGAACUCAUCCUGAAAUAUAUAAUAUAAAGAAACCUGGUCCAUCAAACUCUGAAGAAAUGUCACAAAACAUUCAGGGUGGUGGUAUGUCUGAGAUUGAUUCAAAUGUUCCAGAACAUUAUAAAGGAGAGAUGAGUUCAGGCAGUCACACUGUGUGUUCCUUUAACUGUGUCCAUUGUCCUUUAAUCUUCCAACACAAGAAGGAUCUAACUGAACAUCUUCUGACACAUUCUGAAAGGCAGAUCGAUUACAGCAAACAGUAUGGGGUAUUUGAAAGUGAUCCAAUCAAAGACAUGGAGGAAUGUGAUUCAGUAGGGCAAGCAUGGACCAUCACCUCUGGUGUCCAACCAAACGUCUGUGAUGUGUGUGGGGCCAUGUUCUCUGAAAGCAGAAAGUAUCAACAGCAUAUGGCUGAUCAUUUAGAAUCAGACAAAGCUAGUGUUGAAACCAGUUCUCAAAGAGACAAGUUGAGGCCGCAUUGCGAAACCUCAUUUCAAGUUGUUGAAAAUAGCCAGUCAUUCAGUAGCAAAACUACCUCAAAAGUGAAAAGGAAAAGUGCAGCCAAAUCUGCUCUGCUUCCUUUGAAUAAUUCUACCUCUGAAGAAGUGUGUUCGAUAUGCGGUGAUGUGUUCUCAACUGCCGAACUUUUAGAGCACCAUCUCAAAGGCCACAGUGAUCCUGUACAAGAUUCCAAUAAGAACCGGGUUGAGGAGAGGAGCAGUGCAUCGACACACACCGACGACGCUUCAUCUUUUGUUCAGAGUCAUCAAAAGCAGCUGAUGAAGAGUCCAGUAAUUAAGAAAGAACCAGAGGAGUGUCUUCCAGAACAAACCCCUCUGAGUGAGUGUCAUGAUGUAGCCAGACAUGAUGGUUACCACGGUGAGGGUUUCAUUGAAGAGAGUCAUCAGGUGGAAUGCCGACACUGCCUUGCCAUGUUUAAUUCCUUCAAGGCUCUACAUGAUCACAUGAAAGUUCAUGAAGGACAGUCAGUGUUCAAUUGUCCCCUCUGUAGCUCCGUGUUCCACAAGCAGGACCAGCUUCUGGAACAUCUGAAAGAACACACAGGAGCUUGAGAGCUAGAAUCUGAAGCUUCUCAAGGGACAGGCUGUGGACAAGCUUCUGGAACAUCUGUGAAGAAACACACAGGAGCUUGAGAGCUAGAAUCUGAAGCUGCUCAAGUGACAGGCUGUGGACAGGCUUCUGGAACAUCUGUGAAGAAACACACAGGAGCUUGAGAGCUAGAAUCUGAAGCUUCUCAACGGACAAGUUGUGGACAGGCUUCUGGAACAUCUGAAGGAACACAGGGGCUUGGGAGCUAGACUCUGAAUCUUCUCAAGGGACAAGCUCAGGCUUAAGAAUUGGAGAAUACUGAAGUAACUGGUCAACAGCAAACAAAGGUCUGAAAGUUAGGCUAUGAAGCCAUGUUGAAUGGUCUCAUUUAACAAGCUUGGACUAAAACUGAAGUAUUGGUACUCGUAGUCUGGUCAAGGAACAUGCAGUGUUCCUAGUAUUAUAUUUCUUCAAGGAACAUACAUGGGAAUCUUAUACUGGGUACACAGAUGGAAAUGUCAUCAAGGAACUUACUUAGACCUAAGAUGUGUGCUGGGGAAGUGUCUCAAGGAACAAACUGAGACCCAAGUUAUUCUCUGUGGUCCAUUUUGAGUAUUUAAAAAUAAUGGGUAUGAAAGUUAGAAUGUGUUGUGCUAAAUGAGCUUUUCAAAAUACAUAUUGGGGCCAGA